ACACACGGGAGCAGACAGACCCGCACACGCAGGCACACACCCGCGGGCGGACACACACGCACACGCAGCCCGCACCCUGGAUCCCGCGCCGCCGCUCCGCGCCGGGGGGGAAGAUGAGCUCGGGGGACGUGGUUUGCACUGGAUGGCUCAUCAAAUCACCCCCCGAGAAGAAACUCAAGAGAUACGCGUGGCGGAGGCGCUGGUUCGUGCUGCGCAGAGGCCGCAUGAGCGGGAACCCCGACGUGCUGGAAUACUACAGGAACAACCACUCCAAGAAGCCCAUCCGCAUCAUUGACCUCAAUGAGUGCGAAGUGCUGAAGCACUCGGGGCCCAACUUCAUCAAGAAGGAAUUUCAGAACAACUUUGUCUUCAUUGUGAGGACCACCUACCGCACCUUCUACCUGGUAGCCAAGACCGAGGAGGAGAUGCAGAUCUGGGUGCACAAUAUCAGCCAGAUCUGUAACUUUGGACAUCUAGAAGAUGGCACAGGUUCCGUGGAGAGCCUGUCCCACACCACCUCGUCCCCGCAGCCAUCACCAGCCGCCUCCACCCACACCUCCCGCAUCGCCGACCCCUCCUUCUCGGUCGACACCGCUGCUGCCGACGCGUCCGCCACGGAGGAGACCCCCAGCGAGUCAGGGUCAGUCUUCCUCCCCGACUACCUCUUCCUCUCCAACUGCGAGUCGGGCAAGCUCAGCCACAACAGGUGUGACAGCUGGUCAAAUUCAGACAGAUCUCUGGAGCAAACUUCAUCGGACGAUGUUUUUGUUGACUCCUUGCAGUCCCAGCCCUCCUUGUACCUUGUACAGCCAACCAGUGCUGGCACUGUGCACCAGGACGGGGCCCCACUGGCAAAUCCCAGCACCAUGUCCAGGAACAUAGACAUUAGUGGGCCAUCCAGUGACUUUUCCUCCUCUUCUCCCCUGCUGGGGACGCCGCUGACACCAACCUUUCAGAUGGACAAGAGCCAAAACGCGCUGCCCUACGGUGUAACCCAGCUGGACAUCCUGUCCAACACGCCUCCACCACGGCCCCCCAAACCAACCCACUUCUCGGACAGGAGAGGGGAGGAGGUGGGCGGCGGGGCCCUCCAGAACGGGCACGCAGGGAUCGGCAGGGCUCAGGUCGCUCUGGUGCCCAGGAGGAUCUCUCUGUCCAGCUUAGACAACAUGAGGAACUGGAAAGCAGACAUGGAAGGCAGUUCCUUAAGAAGUCGAGAUAAGAGGCUUAGCUUGAAUUUGCCCUGCCGGUUCUCCCCGCUCUACUCGACGGCCUCGGACGGCGCGGAGGACAGCUACGUGCCCAUGCGCCCCAGCACCUCUCCCUCCGCGCCCGGCUCCGACUGUUCCCCCGACGGCUACAUCCCCAUGAGCCCUGGCUCGGCCACCUUUACCUUCCCUGUCGUCAGCACUGAAAAACUCACCAGCCCGUUACCUGAGCUGCCCUCGGACGUGGAGCCCCCUCCAGUGAACCGAGACCUCAAGCCUCGUAGGAAACCACGGCCACCUCCUCUGGACUUGAGGAACCUCUCCACAAUCCGGGAGCAUGCUGCCGUGACCAGGAUGUGGACUGUGCCUUACAAUCGAAUGAGCUUUAUCUCACCAGAAAGAGACGGUAUUAAUUCAGCAAGAAUAUUUGCCAAUUCAGUUUCCGGAGAAGAGGAAGAAAGUUACAUUCAUAUGGAACACAGACAGGCAACAUCUCCAUACAGUGGUGCCUUUCCAUGGACAAGGAAAUCUAACCUUGAUUACUUAGCACUGGAUUUUAAUUCUGCUUCCCCAUCCCCUGUGCAGAAGAAACCUUUUCUGUCUGAGGAACAGAGGGUGGACUAUGUCCAGGUAGAUGAACAGAAAACUCAAGCUUUACAGAACACUAAGCAGGAAUGGACAGAUGAAAGACAAUCAAAAGUCUAAAGGAAGAAGAUUUGGGAUCUGAAAGAUUUUUUUUUUUUUGCACUGGAACCACAAUGUUAAUGAAGCAGCUAUCACAGUAGAGUUCAAAGGCAGAGGGAGCUGUAAGAUACAAUCUGUAGAGGCAUUUUUACUGGAAACCUUUGAUUUCAGCUGGAAAUAGUAUGUUGAGUGAGUGAGUGGUUCACUGAUGAUUAAAGUAAUGCAUUACUCUUUCUACUGCCCUUACCACUAAGCUACAUGGUACCAUUUUCUGGCAUGAUUCUGCGACGAGUCAUACACUUAACGUUAACAAAUCCACUACAAGUUGCAUUAAUCUAGUUCGUCCUGCCUUCUCCCUCAGUUGCAUAAUUCCUAGUUGCUAAAGCUAUUUUUUAAUAUUCCUACAAAUACUGCUGGUGCUUGGAGUGCUUUUAUGGCAGCAGGCAUCUGACAGGUAUUGGUGACUAAUCAACUAAGGGCUAAAAUACUGAAACAAUAAAAAGAACUUUUUGAAUAUAUAGUGCUUAAGCAAAGAGAAUUUUGAAAAAUAUUUUUUCCCCUGGGUUUAAAAGGUCUGACUGUGAGCUGAUGCUGUCAACUCAAAACAGGACUAUGUGCCCAUGCGACUGGAACGCAUGGUCUUUGACCCUCUGGACGACAGACAUUAAGCUUCUUCUCUCCUUUGUGGCUCAUACUUGUCGCCUUUCUGUCUGAUUCCUACUGAUGUUUUCUCCCCUAUCUUGAGAAGUGUCUUCAGCACGGCACAGCACAGCUGCUCUUCUAGCAGGAGGCUGCAGCCACACAGCCCUUGGCUGGCCAAAAAAUAGAAAGGGAAGCUGUGAGCCUGUUUCUGCAAGUCUUGAGAGAACUGGCAAAGGAUCAAGAAUGCUUUCAUCUGAACAGCAGAAGAAAUGCCAUUGGAGUUGCUGGUAGCAGUCGUCAAUCUGAUUGUUUCACUAGACCCACCCCAAAAAAAAAAGAGCGUUAGGAAGUGCAGCGCGCUCCGAGAGAGGCCGGGAGCCUGCCAAAACAGAACAACAAUGCGCUCACGCGGCGUGAGGACCUCUGGGUUCAGGAAGCUUAUCUACCUUGGGACUUGUCACAGGCACUAUCUCAGGAUCACAUAUGUGUAUAGUUUAUAAGAUAUUUAACUUUAAACGCUUGGCUGCAGUCUUUUAUUUUAAAGUGGCACACAGCCACCUGACUCAUGGAAGUAGGCAGUGACGUUGAGUGACCCGCUCUGGAUUUGGUCUCGCAGGCUUUGCUCCUGUAGGUAAGUCCCAGUAGCCAUAAGAGGUCUGAUCCUGUCGACAUGGACAGACAGACAGGACCCUUACAAAGAUUUCUUCUCUGACAGUGCCAAGUCACUGCCCUCCCUUUGUGUGCCUGUUGUUACCACAUUGCAUUACUGUAACCUGACAUCCCAAAAAUGCUGAUUUACCAAACAGAGGUUGUAGAAAUGUCAUUGCAGAAACCACUGGCAUUUCAAGGCUUCUACUCAACUUCCUCCUCUGCACUCACUCUGCUCCAACCAUUCGGGCACUCUGAGAGGCUGAGAUGUGGCCCAGUCUCACAUCCUGUGGGAGAGGCAGCAUAGCCAACAGAAACACAGUUUUCCUCCUACCUCAAGAGAGCUGAAGGGCUUGCAAGUCUUACUGCUUCUUUAGCCCAAACCCUGGGGAUCUGUGGUGACCAGGCUCUCAUUAGCUUGCCCUGCAAGAAAAAGGUUCGCCAGCACCUUUAUUGACUGUGGGGCAAACUGGGCACCCAGGCCUGCAGGCACCAAGUGUCCCAGACCAGAGCUGCUUGGAAAACAGGGGUUAAUCCUACAGAUAGCUGACUUGCUGUUCCCCCAUGCUCUGCUCCUCCUCGCCCCCUCACCGAAGCUCUAAAGUGAAAGUUGAUGUUCACAAAAAUUUUGAAAAUAAUUCCAACUUUUCUGCAUACAUCUUGUCUGUCUGGUGUGAAAUUCAGUUUGUUAAAACCCAGGGGUUUGUCCUCAAACUGAUUUAGCAGAGCUGUGAGCAACCAUGCCCUGGGAGUGGUAUUGCAGCAGGGGCAGUGGAGAUCUGCACCUCCACAGAGCUGUCAGAGAGAGGGGAGCAUAGAAGGGCCACAGAUACUGAGACCUUUGACUUUCUGCUCAAAAGAAUUGCCUUUCCUUCAAGGUGUACAAAUAACGCAUCACUGAAAGCUCUUGGUGUAUGAUGACGUACUGAAGGGGUUAAAAGACCAGUGUCUUACGUUAGGGACAGAAAAUCUCCACAGAGGGCAGGUAAAGUUGUGUUCUGCUACUGCAGAUCCUGGAUUGUGGAGUGAUGUCAGGGCAGCCUCUGAUGCGGAUCAGCAUCGCGUACAGAUCAGAUCGUGUUUGACUGGAGUGUUUCUUUUCAUGCUGUCAGAAAAUUUUCUGAAGAGGAAAAACACUGAGUUAUUGGAGACAACUGACUCACUUGUUAUUCUAGUUUAUUGUAAAAAUAUUUAAAUUUCAACAAACCUGGCUAACAGAAAGAAAAAAGAGCUCUCUCGAUAUUUUUAUUCCCCUAAAAGGACAUAAGCAUAUACCUUGGCAAGGACAGUCCUUAGAUCAGAAUGGCCCCUUUCAACUUCCUGUGUCCCCUGCUUGCCCCCACCGCCCUCUUAUCUUGAUCAAACGCUGCUCACUGGUUUCUAACUUUCUCUUUUUAAUUAGAAGCUAAGUUGGAGGGUUUAUUCAAAUUUUCAUGUAAGGUCUGUUUUUACCCUCUACUCCAGGAUCUGUGACAUGCAGUCUUGUGCCAGUACAACACAUGAAACAGGAGAAAUUAAAAAUAUCCAACAAAAAUCCAAAAGCAGAGCAGUCUUCCCCCAAGGCUUUUUUUUUCUAUUGUUUUGGUCAAAUUCCACAAUACUUCAAAGAGGGUAAAGAGGAGGAGGAUGGUAGGAAGAUGACAAAGGCCAAAUCUGCUGAGGCCACCCUAUCCCUAAGGAUCUGGGUGUGAAUGGAGCCACAACAGCCCUUGCUCUAAUACACGAUGACAAACCUGUGGGCCAGUACCCACAGAACCAACCGGUGGGAGAGGAGGGGUGUUACAGAGCAAAAAGGAGCCAUUGUUUAGUUAAGUCUGUUCUUAAAUCCCUAUCUCUUGGCCAAAGAGGAAGGAAAACCUGAAAACUCAGUCAGCUUUUGACAGUGUGGUGUGUGAAAGCAUAGCCCAGGCCAGAGCCCUCGGUUCACUGCGGCUCUGGGGCCAGCCAGGCACACUCCUGGUGGUGUCUUCUUUUUGCCAUGGAUCUGUUAUUUGUAUGUAUUUUUUUCAAAAGUGUCAUGAGAGCUGAUGCAGAGAGAGGCUCUGCACCUAAAUGAGCAUGGGGUGGCCAGUGGUCCCUUAGGAAACUCUUGUCUUCUGGGGGAACUGGCAUUGCCCAGCUCAGGACUUGUAGUGCCUUCUCCAGCACUGCUGGGCCUUCUCGUUUAAAAUGGAGAGAAGCUCUAAAUGAGCAGAAUAGUUUUUGUUUAAUUGGAAAUGUCACCCUGUGGAGUUGCCAGAUGAAGCUUGGUUGCAGGAUGAUGUGGAAAAUAACUAAGCUCAAGGCUUUGAGUCUUGUGGUUGUUGUUAAGGCCCUCAUCUGGUUUCCCCCACUGAUGGGUUUAAUAUGGCCUCACUCUGCACUCCUUCAAUGACCACACAUAUGAGCAAGGCAUAGCAGGAUCCACAACUCAUUUGCUUUUUGGACUAAACUGCAUUUUACAUUUAUGAUUCCUUUAUUACAGGAGGCAGCAUUAAUGUCCUUGCUGACAGAUAUGAACCUGAGAAAUGUCAACAGCCAUUUAACUGGAGCCAGGUAUUUUUGGCCAGCUCACUUUUGCCAAUGGUAGUGCCCGCUUUCUUCCAUGUCACUAACUACAUCAUAGAUGUAGAUUUUGGAGUUGCAUUCACUUGAAGUGAUUCAGUGGUUUAGUAAUUCAAAGACCAUCAGAUGCUGUGAUGCGAACGAAGCACAGGGCAAUGCCUUCCCUUUGUCCCCCUGUUCUGCAAAACUUGCUCAGGUUUAAAAAAAAAAAAAACAAAAGCCACCAAAAUAGCAGACUUUUGCCAUGUCAAAGCCAGAAUUAUUUUUUUUCAAAUAAAAAUAGACUUUUGUCUUGUGCAAAUGAAGCAUUAUACAUUUUUUGUAUUUGUAAAUCUGUGGGGAAGCAUUAAACAGUCAUCUCUGUUAUGAAGGAGUUAGUCAUUGCUAGAGGGAAGGGGCUCGCCUUCCUCAUGUUUCAUUGUAAUGUUUGGUGUAUAUAUUUGCACAUUAAACUGUAUCUUUUUUCUAAUAAAUUAAUAUAAAAGGUA